CAAGUUUAGAUUUCAAAUAUAUAUAUAUAUAUAUAUAUGUAUAAAUAUUUAUUAGUUAUCCGAGGUUGUCAGUAUUAAUUACGCUUAGGCUAUUUUCGUUCGUGAGAUAUUGAAUUUACUGCCUGACUGGAGUAUAUUUGGUCAAGGCAGGAGAUUUUGUACAUUGGAAGGCUUAGCGAGAAUUUGUUUCCGUUUUGUUUUUUAUGCAUUGACUUUAAACUUUAAAAAGAGCUUAGUCAUAUUUAGCAGUUUAGUUUUAAAAUCACGAAAUUAAAGUUUACGGAAACACCUGCGAAGUGACGGUGAGUUGGACGGUUUCAGUUUAAUUUACCUCUUUUUUUUUUUUUGACGAAGGCGAGUGAUUUUAUUGUUUCCAUUCCUGAUUAUUUUGGCCGGGUCAUUUAGCAGUUUCUUUUUAUUCUUGAGUUUCGCUUUACCCUGCUGCCGGAUUCAGCGUGUUGGAAACAAACACAACAGAGAACAUGUCUGAGGAAAGCACCCAACUCUGUGCCAACUGCAAGCGUGACAUCCCUUCAGUGAAUUUCACUAUCCACGAGAUUCACUGCAGGAGGAACAUCAGUCUCUGCCAAUACUGCAAGGAGUCGUUUCCCAGAUCUGAAAUGGAGGAGCAUGUGGAAUCGGAGCAUGCACAGGUGGCCUGUAAGUGUGGGAUGAAGAUGGAAAAGAGACAUGUGGAGAAGCAUGAGCUAUCAGAAUGCUGUCUGCGUCUGAAGAAGUGUCAGUUCUGUGAUCUGGAGCUGGCCUUCAACAAGUGUGGUGACCACGAGGAGUACUGCGGGGCGCGCACGGAGCCCUGCCCGCAGUGCCUGCGCAACGUGAUGGUGAAGGAGCUGAGCACUCACCCAGCGGUGUGUGGCACCCAGCCGGCUGAGGAGAGGAACAACAACCGGGGCCGCAUGGUUUCCGAGGAGCCACUGCCGGGCGCCUGGUUCGAGGCUCACGCCAUCAGGAACCUGCUGCAUGGCGAGGCGGUGCGCAACAGCAACCGCCCCCCUGGGCUCAGGGUCCCCCGAUCCCUGGAGAGCAGAGUUCACAACAGCACACGGGCAGCCGGAGCAGCACUGAGGGGGCAGGAGAAGAGAAACGCACCCGCCAGGAACAGGGACCAGAAUCAGGUGGCUGAAGAUGAGGGUUUUCAGAGGAACUGCGGGGGACAGAUUGGUGUGGAGGGUGGCGGAGAUGAGAACUCGAACCUGGACUACCUGCUGGCUCUGAGCCUGCAGGACGAGAACUGCGAUUACACCGGGGGCCAGGGCACCUGGGCUGACCAGUGGGGGGACAGAUUGUCCCAGAUAGCGGCUCCUCUCCUCUUCCCUGACCACCUAACUGAGCUGAUGCAGCCCCGAGUCCCAACAGUGUCCAGAAAUAAUAACCCCAUUGUGAGAAGCACUGAUGAUGCAAUGCUGCCUUGUGAAUUCUGUGAGAAGCUGUUCCCUGAAGAGGACCUCAUUCUGCAUCAGACUGGCUGUAACCCUAUGAGUGCCUUUGCCUCCUUCAGCAAGCGGCCUCCCUCCCCCCUUCAGGAGGACAGUCUCUUCACAGAGAGCCCAAGUCCCUUCUACAGCCCCCAGCACCUCACAAGUAAAUUCGCCUCCUUGUCCUAUGGCCCCCCUCCAGGGCCAGCAGAGGGCACUGUGGUCCUUCCUUGUGAAUUCUGUGGGGUUCUCCUUGAAGAUGAGCUUCUCUUUCACCACCAGGAUAAGUGUGACUUUCGACCUGGAACAGCUUGUCCUAUGGAAAGGACAUCUGCCCGGGAGCCACUUCCUUCCAAAGUGGAGAACAGGAGGAAGAACUCUCCAGAGAUUCAGAGGAGACAAGUCAGGCACCAUGGAGAUCUGGGAUCUGCCGGCCUGGAAUAUUUGAUUGACAAGCCAAGAAACAGAGACAUUCCUGCAGACGUGAAGCCGUUAAAUGGGACCCCAAAUUCCAGGGACCUUUGGAAACCUGAAUCCGGGACAGGUCCACUCAAUCCGGUUAAGGUGAUAAACUCCAGCAAUCUGGAGAGGCGGGGUCUACGAGGGAGGGAGCCGGCAGUGGGAGUGGCUUCAGCCAGUGGCACCAGGACUCGCUUCCCAGAGGGCUACGAGCCCAACUUUCCACAAGCCAACUCCGGCAGACAGGCUCCAGGUGCAAGAACAGAAGAGAGAAGUAACUUCAGAGGCUCGGUCACAACUAAGCCGCACAUCCCCAAAGUGAGAGAUAUGGAAAAGGAGGAGGAAUGACAUCACUUUCCAGCAAGAUUCUAGCACUCAAACUCGGGCUGCUUGACUAUUUACAGACUAUGCAACACAAUCUAAACUAAAUAUUUGUGUAUAGAUGUACUUUAUUCUUGCACUCUUAAUAGAUGUAGGUUAAUUGAACAUUUCCAUUGUGUAGUGUAUUAGUUCAGAUCCAGAACCUUUAACAUCAACAUAUUGUGGAGAGGACUGAAUCAUCACUGUUUAAUCAAAUGUUUAAUGUGGAUAUCUAUUCUUUUGUAUGUUGUAUACCAAUUGAUUUUUGUAAUAGCUUCUCCUGUCAGUAAUCACAUUAAACAUAUCCUCACUUACUGGGUCUAUCAGUGUACUUAU